AAAAUGUAUUGACAUUUCAAAAAUCUUCUUCCUUUUAGCCUAUCAAUGAAAUUACCCUCAAAUUUUAGGCCCGUUGUCAAAAUUUAAUUUGAAAUUAAAAAGUUUCAUCUAUUGUUUGAAACUUGCACAACCAGUUUUUUUCAAGUGGUCAGAAAGACUUUAAAAAAUGUUAGAGCGAAGUCGAAGAUCCCAACUAAGCCUGGAUUCUCUUUAUCCGGCUCCUGUGAGCUCCACCACGAUGCGGAGAACCCGUCGAGUGUGCCUUAAUAUCGAAGCGAAUGGGUCAGGACCUCUAAGACCUCGGAGGAGGCGAAGAAGGGAACUACUUAAUCCUUACUUCGUGACAUAUCCGCCAAUAUAUGAUCCAAUGCAGUUGGGGCAUCCAUGGAACUUCAAUGUCUGUUCCAAUUCUUUACCGUGUACUGGGUAUGAAACUUUGGCUGAUCUCCCUUACCGCUUAAAUGCAGGAGAUCAGUACGAAUGUGAUUCGCUUGGGGAAAUAUCAUUGCCAGAAGAAUCCAAUAAUUCGAAUUGCCAGCAAGCUGUGCACGAUCUUAAGGAUAUUUUAAAGGGGUUGGAUGGUUAUUUGCAGUCAGAGAAGGUCAAUCUAACAGCGAAAGAACAAGUGGAACCCGUUUCUAUUCAAAAUCAAGAUGAUCAGAAUUCAGACUCCAAAAAUUGCAAGCUCUCAGUACUAACGGAUAUCAUGUGUGUAACCAUUGAUAGGUUGAACAACUAUAUAGCAAAUAAUUCAAAACAACAACAGUUGCUGUCUACUUUGAGCCAAGGGAACCUGUUGAGAGGAAGUGUACCACCGGUACAGGUGGUGCAGUUACCUGUGCAACCGUUGAUCCUACAGCCCAUGGCUUCUUAUCCUUCAUCUAAUCAUUAUCCACCACCUGAGCCAAGCGUUCAGAAGAAAUCCCUUCCGGAGCGAUUACCCUGGUUAAAGGAACGGAAAAGGAAACGACCGCCAAAACCCCCUGCCUACAUUCACCUGCAGAACCAGGAAAGCAGUACAGAGGAUUUGAACGUAUUGCCAAAAACUCUAGAAGCUUCGAAUUCGACCAAUGAAAGUAAUAAGUUUUCGGUUCCUCAGCAAUCUCCCAGCCAGUCCACAAGAGAUUCUGGCACAACCAUGUGGUGUUCAAUGAAAUGUAACAAGGCUGCAUACUCUUUAGGUCCCAAGGAUGAAUUGUUUCCCCCCUGUCUUAAGGCACCUCCACCUAGCAUAAAGUCCGAGGACGAAAUAGAAGGUCAAGAGCAGUAUUUUCACACGCCCCCCGAAUCCAUCUUCCAUCUUGGCUCCCCUCAAACAUGUAGUUACACUUCCAGUUGCGAUUUCUUUCAUGAGGGGGGAAACCUAAGAUACUCCUAUAUAGAAGAGGAGGAGGAGGAGGAGCAGGUGGAUAAAGAUGACUGGUAUCGCAGUACCAGCAAUAAAUUAGCCGAGUUGGAAGUGGAACAGGACUAUUUCAAUCGAAUGGAAAAACAAACGCGAUUUACCACCAAAGAUGAAACACUUCAAACUGAUAUUGAAACAAGCAGUGAAAAUAGCUUUCUAACUAUUAUAGCCACAACCGAUAAGGCAAUCAGCACCACUGGUUUAAACCGCCGAGAACCUAUAAAAAUUGAGCGGAUCUGCAAGAAAUCUUCUUUAAAACAGCGACCGAGGCAUAAAAAUGGGAAUCAAAAGGAAGACUUGCCAGGAACACCUAAAGUCACUUUUAAAAAACUACAAAGCACCGAAGGAGUCCAGGUUCGACCAGAAACAAAAUCCUUGGGCACGGAUCCUAUAAAAAAAGAAUCCAUACUCAAUAUAAGAUUCAACCCUUCCACUGAAACUCUUACUGAUCAAAAGGUGAAGCUUAGAAGCAGGAGCAAUCCAAAACGGUCUGUUGGUUUUAAAGAAUCCCCAUCUUCUCUCAAAUCGAAGUCAACUCGUACUUCUUUGCGAAGCGGAAAAACGAGGACCUAAGAAAUUCUGCAUUAAAG